GAUUAUGUGAAGGCAUUAGCAUACGCUGCCGAUAAAGAACUUGUAGCAUCAGGUGGUCUUGAUAAACAAAUCUUCUUAUGGGAUGUUAAUACAUUGACGGCAUUAACUGCUACAAAUAAUACAGUCACAACGUCAUCUCUAAGUGGUCAAAAAGAUUCAAUAUAUAGUUUAGCCAUGAACCGUAGUGGUACUGUCCUUAUUUCUGGUUCUACAGAAAAGAUUUUAAGAGUCUGGGAUCCGCGYACCUGUGGUAAAGUCAUGAAGUURAAAGGACACAUGGAUAAUGUGAAGGCAAUAUGUAUUGAUGCUGACGGCACCCAUUGUUUAUCAGGGAGCUCAGAUGGAUCUAUUCGCCUGUGGUCUCUUGGUCAGCAGCGUUGCCUGGCAACCUAUCGUAUCCAUGAAGAGGGAGUCUGGGCUCUAGCUGCCAAUGAUAGUUUUUCUGAGUUCUUUUCCAGUGGUCGUGAUAARCAUGUUUAUUGGACGGACAUUACCAGGGAUGAUGGCUCUGUUCUCUUGUUUGUUGAGGAGGCCCCAGUGUUAUCACUUGAAUAUGGUCAUGAUCCAUCUUCUUUGUGGAUUGGUACAACCAGUUCUAAUAUAAACUGCUGGCCUGUUGAUUUUGCCAAGCUGGAGAAUGAAUCAGCCAUGGAUAAUAAUGAAAGUGAACCUGUACCGAUCUGUACAUCCAAAAGAAUGGUUAUAAAAGGAGCCCCAAGUAUCAACAAGUUCAACAUUCUUAGAGAUCGUAGACAUAUCCUUACAAAAGACACCAAUGAUAACGUUAUAUUAUGGGAUGUUUUAAAGGCCCAAAAAGUGAAAGAGCUCGGUCAAGUUAACUAUGACGAGGAAUURAAGAGGAGAGAGAUGCGAGUAUACGUACCUAACUGGUUUAGCGUCGACAUCAAGACAGGRAUGCUUACUAUAACACUAGAAGAAUCAGAUGUGUUUUGUGUAUGGAUAUCAAUAUCAGACGUUCCUGGAUUAGAACCUAGAAUCUUAGAUAAUAGAGUAAACUAUGGCGUUUUACUGCUUCAAGCGCUCCUAGAACACUGGCCAGAAACACAYACUGUAGCAACUGACGAGAACGAACAUGGAUGUAAUAACCAUGCAGAAGAUGGCAGAGAAGCUAGCGCCAGUGAAAUAAACAUCAACGUGGAACCAAAAGUCGUUGUGGGCAAUGGUUUUUAUAGCAUUCCCGAUCAUACACCGUUAAUAUUCAGCGAAAGUAGUGGGACAGGACGGACAUUGUUUAGAYUGCUUGCUUCUGAUGCGUCUGGUGAAAAUGAAGGCUAUCUAUUGGCUGAGACUGUACCACAAUGGGUUGUUGACGUCACAGUGAAGAGACAAACACCUAAGUUUCCAAAGAUUGCAUUCAGCUUACAGCCUCACGCCACGAGUACAUCCAARUCACUGAAACCUGAUAAACUGUCGGCAAGUGAUAUGCUUCAUGUACGUAAAGUAAUCGAACAUGUUUAUGAGAAGGUUAUUGGAUGGGACAACACGUCCCAUUCCAGCAGCACCCCUACCACGCCCACCGGCGAGAAGACACAAAACCCACCCACAUACGAUAACGAGGAAGACAGGGCUUCCAUUGCUGAGUCUAGAGUAGAACUUCUUUGUCAAGAUCAGGUAUUGGAUCCUGGUAUGGACUUAAGGACCGUUAAACACUUUACCUGGAAAGGUGCUGGCGAUCUGGUCUUACAGUACCGCCUGCUYAAACAAUAGCAMAGGAAGAMCMUAGUUUACUUUCAGUUUAAUUUUCUUKUAUAAUUUCAACACUUAAAARCACCCAUCGAUAGAAAUCUCAGCAAAAUCUCACAAAUCUCCAAAAAGAAAACCCUCUAGAGCUUUCGAUUACAUAAUGAUUGGCUGUUUCUGUAACUAACAGCACAGGAAGCUCAAAAGCUUUACAAUGAGCGCAUUGUAAAAUGAGUGACAAACAGUUAAACAAACCUCUCAUAGUGGGACACUGACCUUACUUUUUCUUGCGUCCGACUUCAAGAUGUUCGACCUCUACAUCGAUAUAGGAGAGCCAAAGUCAAACCCCAGAAUAUCGCUAAAGUUGUCUGAAACAGACCGGUUUAAAGAGGCUCGACCACAAUAUGUAUAAUUAUGUUGGGUUUAGACUAAAACUUGGACAUCGAGCAUCUUUGGAACAGACCUAAAUUUACGUUGACUGGCCGGUUUAAAGGGGUGCGAUUACGCAGAAAACGUCGAUGUAAAGGUGCGUUUCUAGCCUCCUCAGUCAACUCCACUCCAAGGGAUUCCUGUGUUUAAGUCAAACGAGCUGACGGAGUCGAAAGGGUAAGAAAAGAAGAAAAGUUUAUUUCUAAGUUCUCGAUACCAGUUCCUCUCGAUCAAGUUUAUCACAGGAAGACCAAAAAGACACUGGAGUUGCCUGCGAUGAAGACUAGUGCGUUUCUUACAUGAAAUUUCUUUUCUUUAAAACACUCCCAGAAAUCAUAAUGCUGAACAGGAUUAAACCCAAUAUGUGAAGUAUUUAACACACAGUCACACCAAGAAACUUUAUUUUAAGGAAAACUAGUUUCGUCCCAGAAUAGACCUUUUCAAUUCCUUAAGUUUACGUUUGGAUUUCUACGACUUUUAAACUAAUCGCGCGCGUUCUGUUGAAAGCGCGCGCUAAUUAGACAGCUAUGACUACAUUUACGAUUACAACAAGUAUUUCUACGACAGUUCGAUAUUAGCACGUGGUAUUAAGACAGUGUUCCACUCUGUUUUGGUGUUCAUAGAUCUUCCGUCUC